AUGAGCGCUACCAGCCCCUCAAGACAUCGACCGAUAUCGUUUGUGGGGAAGUGGCUGGAUACGAUAGAAGAAACAGCGGCACCACAGUCCACUAGCUACCCCGGCCGCAGGUCUUUACCACGUUCGAGCAAAUCAAACCUCACUGGGUCCACACUCGUUGGCCCACGCCGGCGACAAUAUACCGGUAUCUCUCUAGAUACUCGUCCUCGUGUGGUCUACGUCGAGUCCGCGAGCCCUAGAAAGAGCAGAAAAGACGCCUUCCGCGCCGUCUUUCACAGCUGGAAAGCCACUCUUACCACGCGGACAACGAGCCAUGAAGCCUUCCCAGCAGCCCUUCGCGAUAACCCCGAGCUCGCCAUUGCAGAGCUCAGCUCGCAUUUGUCCGCCAACUUUGCGGUCUUAAUCGAGGCGGCUCUGCGGAACAGCCCGUCAAAGGCGCUGUCUGCUCGCCAGAUAUGCAAGGAGAUCAUGCGAGCGGAUCAUUGGUACCGCGCCCAUAAGAAAUUCGGCUGGCAGGAAUGUGUCGCGCGCGAACUUUCCUCGAACCCCGUGUUCCAACCGGUGAUCGAAUGCCGCCAGGGUAGGGUUAGGAAUAAGGGGGUGAAGUGGCAACUCACCGCAGUUGAUCCUUCUCUUGCGAUUACGACUGCUCCCUGGCGGGCGCCGCGGAAUUCGGUUCCCUAUCCGCUGGAGCUAUCAACUGAAGCGGAAUCUACUGAGAGGCAGAUGGAGCAGUCCCGCCCUGAAGGUACAGACACGCCGCAAGCUCCUCGUCCGUCUUUAGCGGCGCUUGCCACCGCGUCUGUAUUAUCAUCGACACUACCCCUACAUCCUCAACCUGCGGAAGAUCCAAUCGCAAAGAAAGAGGCUUUGGUAUCCUUUACGGCACUUGGCCCUUCUCGUAGCCCCGCGAUAAUAUCAUACAACGAUGCGCCUCCACCUUCGCACCAGUCUGGUGAGAAUGUAUUCAGGCCUGACAAGGCCGACGAUACCGAGGGAGGAUCGGAGCUGCCUCGAGGUCGCGGAUCGAAUGAUGAGCAAAAGCACCCUGGACGCAGUGACGGCAAUGAAAAUAGGAAGCGCCAGCGAUUAUCCUCGCCUGAACGGACAAGGUCCAGACGCAAAUUUGCAGCAUUGUAUCAUAUUUCACCGGUGCCGCCGCCUCUACGGCCUCAACUACCUCGCCUAAACAUCCCCGAGUCUCUGCCCGUCCAAGUGGACAAUAGCGCACGCCCAAGUCCAGCUUCCUCAACUGCGGCCACGGCAGACCUGACCCCUGCCGACACCAGCUCGACCCAGGCCCCCACACCCAGCAACAGCAGCGACCAGCAGUCGUCUAAUUCUCGUAUUCCUAUUACUGAGGCACUGAAAACUCUUGUAUACCGCAUUCAGCGCAUUGAGGAACGGCUUUCUACGUGUGAAGAAAAUACGACCCGGUUGCUACAGAAGUGUGAAAUGCCGUCAGGCCAUGGUCCAAACAUGAUGAUCCCCACGCAAAUGGCUGAAGCAUCACUUCUUGGGGGCUCUAUUUAUUCUCAAUGCAUCGCUUCAGACGGCUCCAUGCUUUCUCCAGGCAGUCAUAAUCCAAGCAUCCGGUCUAACAGCUCUCUGUCAAACUGCCCCCCGCUCGGCUCGUCCACGGCUGUAACCACUGGGACACCUUCAGAAAACACACCUAGUGAGGAACUCUUUUCGCCGGACUUUGAUGUGCACUUGCCUUUCGGAAACCCAGAGAAUCUAGGUGCCGGAGCAACCGACACCGAUGCUGAUGGCGGCCUGGUAGAAGACAGUUUUAUGCCCGACCUGGACUUCGAAGCCUGGAACGAGGAGCAUAUUGGAGCAUUUGGGUCGGUGCCUAGUUUCGUCUUCAGUAGUUGCUGA